AUGCGUGUGAGAUCAGGUCGACCCAGUGAACAAGAAGAUUGGUAUCGCGUCUACACGGUGCUUCGUUGGUAUUGGCGGAAGCAGACAACAGCGCGAAAGACCGAGCAAAGCGAGGGGACAUCUAAGGCACAAGGCAAUGCUGCGCAGGGAGUCGACUACUACGAUCCGCAAGACUCGCGCGCAGGGACUGACGAUGGGGCGGUGUUAUCUAUGGACAAGAUCAAGAAUAUCUGGACGCUGGAAGACGCAGGAAUGGAUGACGACACUAUCGAAUUCGCAUUCCCUGAACACAUUGCUAUCGACCCUGCCGGCGACGUCACCAAGGAGCAAUUCCUUGAUCACUGUGAAACUUUCACAGUCCUACCGGAUUUCUGGGGUGUCUGCCUCAGAUUUGAGAACCGAUCUGAGUUCUGGAAACUAGAUCUUAACUCAGAAGGGUGGUUAGCUGGGAAUUUUAUGCCACAUGGAGCACCUGCCGUCCGAAAAGACAAGGACGGCAAGAGAGAUUUCGUGAUCUGGAACGCCUAUCAACUACACGGUGAUGUGGGGGAGCGCAUGGGACUGACUCGGAAGAUGUCUACCGGCGCCAAAGUGAGAAGGAGCGGAGGACAACCCAAGGACGAAAACUUCCUUGGUAAAGUAACAGAGCUUGCCUUCCCUCCAUGUGAAUCUUGGCUACAGGUCUCGAUCGCUCUGCGAGCCAUCUAUGACUGCGUCGAUGAGGAGGGAUUAUCCGACCCAGAUAUCGAGCACCGGGCUUAUCGCAUCCUGUCGUUCAUUCGAAAAAUCAUCGAAAACCUGAAGAAAGCAAAGGCAGAGGCUAAGAAGGCCACUGAAGAGUCGGAGCCAGCUGUCAACAAUGACACCAACACGUCCCCCUCUGCUCAAAAUCCUGAAUCUAGUGGGAAAGACGGGGCUCCCACGGAUUUCAAAGUCGCUCAAUCUGACACCGGCCGCGAGACAUGGAAACUCGGCUCCGAGUCAGAACGCAUGGUUGCCAGCGACCAUAAAUCAGAGAAACGCGUGUCUGAGAAACGCGUGUCUGAUAACGAAACAAUCCCGGUCACGCCCAAGAAGCGUAAGCCGAUUACUGCGCUCGUACCAAUGACCCCAUCCAAACGAGCCUAUAUCAGCUCCCACUUCCACGGUAUUCUAGAUACUUUACUCGUCCAAAAACUCACGCUAUCCCAGCCACAAAUUGAGGUUCUCACCUAUUUCAAGAUAACAUCAUCCAAAAAUAAUCUCGUUCGCGUCCAGCAAACUCUCCGCUCAAUACAGAGCGCUCCCUCCUAUUACGUACCCGCUCCUGACGAAACGUCGGCCGAGUUAGAGAAGAUCGUCCAGCAGUGCCGUAUCAUCUUUAGCGAACCCGCACAGGCUGCGUGCGUCGAGUAUAGCAAGUUGUAUGACUUAGCGAAACUUGCUUCGCUCAUGGUAGAGCUCGAGGAGACCUUGAACGAUAAUCGUAAUACUGAAGUAGUCAAUUACGUCAAGAAGAUCUGCGAAGUGCAUAAACUGGGACCAAAGAAGAGAGGCCCGGAUCUUGCCUCUCAAUAUGUCACGUAUCCAAUCUGA